AUGUCGACUGCCAGCGCCACCGUGACAGUAAGCUACCGGAAACCUGGUCUUGCUCCGCCUGUUUUCAUAGCCGGGUCAUUCUCCGAGCCUCAAUGGGAGCCCAAGGAGAUGCACUGCGUCACUGACGAAGCCGGGGAACGCCACUUUACCAUUGACGUUUUCGUCAAGCUUGGACAAGAGUAUCAGUACAGGUUCAAAGUUGGCCAUCAAGAUGGCUGGUUAUUGGAUCAACAUGCCACCAUUGUCAACGACGGCACCGCCAAGCCUUGCAAUCUUCUCAAGGUGCCAUCCACGAGCAACAUGGGCGAGCGGGCCCCUACCCCUCUCGUUGAAGCCACAGAGCGAGGCGACCAUCUUGCAGCCCUAGACAGUCAACCUAGCAUCACGGCCUCGGGGCCCAAGUUUCUGCUUUCCAACGUGCUUCGAGACAAGACCAAUGAUGGAGAAGAAAGAGUUGAAACCCGCAUCAGCCAGGUUGCUGCAGUAGGUGCAGAAAUUGACGAUACGGCUGCCGUGUUGAAUAGUUCGGUGGCGGACAGGGCGAUGGAGACGCAAGUUGAUACGCCGCUUUUUGCUCACGAAACCUUUGGUGCUUACGAGUUUGAGGACGACGGCGCUGAAGGUGACUAUUUUGGACACAAGGCAAGGUUGUUUGCUUCGGCGCCGUGGCAGCAUGAUUGCAUGCAAGAUGCAGACUUUCACGAUCCCAACCUUGUGUUAUUUCCUUCGGACAAGAUAUCUGUGCUCGACGCGUUGCGAAAGAUCCAGUCAAGCACCGUGUAUGGCCGAUCAAGCGUGGAUGACGGCCAGCAUUCUGCAUGGGCAACCUCUAGCCGAUCGAGUUUUGACUCUUUCGAAGGAAACGACUUUACCUUCAGUCCAAUGCCAACGUGGAAGCGGGACUCUGGAAAACCCCAGAGCAGCUUUGGUCGCCCGAGAUCGGCGGUGUCCUUGACUUGCAUAGACGAAGAACCAAAGACUGCGGAUGAUGCAAGCAUGGCCAUGAGCAAGCAUAUAGAUUUGCACAGUCGAGGAGAUCUUGGGUCGCGGUAA